AACACAGAAAAACAGAGAAAAACGAAAAGUGUCUGGAAGUGUGGAAAUAUUAGGCGAUUUUGCCAGUUCAUUGACUUGCCACAACAAUAGUUUGAAGUUUGUCUGCCAAAAUAUGAGAGUCCGAAUAAAAUGGAACCAAUUCGAAAGCUUUCGGUGGGUCGGGGAAAAACAGAAGCUAAAAAGUUUUUCACUUUAAUAGUUCGACCAAUUUGAGAGUGGCUUAAAGGCCGGCAUAAUGGCAGCACAGGGAGUGCAAAUAAAAUCACACUCCGACUUAUUUGUACUUCUUGAGGGGCAUUUGGCGACUUUAUCAAUUGGAACUUUAAAGGGGGGUCAAUUUUGAAUUUCUGAUGAUUGUUUGGCAUUUUUUAUAAGUAAAAAGUCCUUAGAAAUUGAACUUAUAAAUUGCUGCCAUACUUUAGACCUAUGUAUAUCGUCUUUUCUUUGCUUUUUGUUUGAUUAAAUCAACUAUUUUCAAUCCACGUAGGCCAUGACCAACUGUCAGUGUUCUGGGUCUAGUGCUAAGGCCCCCAUUCGACCAGUUUAUACACAACACAAUAACUGAACACAACACAUAAAUCAACAUUCCAAAAAACACUCCAUCAAAAUUUUGUUGUUCCAGAUCUGGUAAUUUUAUAGGACAGGGCGACCGAGGAUUCCCCAAUCUUAAGGAUAACCUGAGAACCUCAAGCUCUAGUCUGAAACAAAUAUAAAACAUGGCCGAGAAGAAACCCGAGGAUAACAGCAAAAGUUUACAGGACACUGCCAGUUCAAAUGCAAAUCGUUCAAGCCGUUUGGAGACCCAACAUCGCCAACAAGAUCAAAACAAUUCUCUAUUCGCUCAACUUUUCGCCGGUUUGCAGCUCGAGCAACAGAAAUUAAGGGACUUGGAGCAGCGCAGAUCGAAACUAACCGAAGAACUGAGAAAUCUAAAGGCUCUUCUAUUUGCAGAGAAUCAAAAGCUUAAGCAAUCGGUGUCUCCCGUCCCUGGCAAUCCGAUUCCCAGUGGCAAAUUCACAGCCCGAACUCUACCCGAAAAUGCAUCUACUUCCAGAACCGCUCCUUCCAUCGUCAAAUCAAUAGCUUUGGAGCGCCGAGCUUCUAGUAAAUCGGUUAAAAUUGCCGAACCACCAAGUCAAAGUUUCACUAUUAGGGAAAGACCCAGGGCAAGUAGUAACCGUAGUUUACAGAAAAGAGGAAAUCGCAAAGGACUAAAGGCUUCAAAACCCAAAACUAAACAGAGAACUCCGUUGGGUAAUAAAUCCAAUGCCAGAGAGGACAUGCUGGGCAUGGCCGAUGAAAUAACUUCUGUGGGCUGCAAUUUGCAAACCCUGGAGCAUCGAAGAUCCGAUCGAGAGGAUCGAGAAGAUAUAGAGGAAGUUUUGAUUUCCCUGCCGGCACUAUUUACAUUUUUAGAUGCCCAAACAGAGUCUCAAGAAUCGGAUCCCAGUUCCGACACCGGCGAAGCACCUCAGUCCUCCAUAACCUCCGAUCAAGAUCCCAAUUUUUAUCUACCAAGUGCUAUUUCGUUAUUUGAUAAUUUACUGGGAUGCGAUGCCACGCCCCCUGCUCUGACACUGGAUUUGCCUUUGGUUGGCAUCAGCGAAUGUUCAGCGAUCGUGGCGGAAGUCAUUUCAAAUGCAACCGAAACGGGAAAUGAUUUGGAACUCACAACAACUUAAGGCUCUUUGGGAUUCUUUUAUGGCUGGCAAAUUUUAGGCAACAACUAUCUCUGAAUCUGGCAACAUUAUUUAACCGAAUAUAGACAUGGAACCCAA